UCCGCAUGUUCAAGCUCCUCCCCAUGCUCUCCACGGGCUGCAAGAUGGUUGCCUUAUUGGGCCGGCCCAAUAAGGCCAUGCUAACGGACCGGGCCACUACCGUCACCCUCUUCGGCCCACGAAGAGGCCGGAUUUGCCUCGCGAUUCAAGAAGACCCCCGCUCUGCUCCCUACUUCCUAAUCGAACUCCCAAUCCUCACCACCUCCCUUCAUAAGGAAAUGGCCUCCGGUCAGGUGAAGCUGGCACUCGAAAGUGAAACAAAAACUCACAAAAAGAAAUUGGUCGAAGAGUAUGUCUGGAUCGUUUAUUUCAACGGGAGGAAGUCGGGUUUCGCGGUUCGUCGGAAGUCGAGUUCCGAGGAUGAGAAGCAAGUGAUGAAGGUGCUGAGAGGGGUGUCGAUGGGGGCCGGGGUUUUGCCGGAGAGGGGCGGAGGAGAGGAGAAGGAUGGGGACCAGUUGACUUAUAUGCGGGCCCGGUUCGAGCGAGUGGUGGGGUCCAAAGACUCAGAGGCGUUGUAUAUGAUCAGUCCGGAUGGUGCGAUGACCGGACCGGAGAUCAGCAUCUUUCUUGUCAGGGUCAAAUGAUUAUAUACGUUCUGAUUCAAGGAUAGACACGACAUGAUCUUGCGUUCUUGAUUAGUUUGGUGUGUAAAUAGGUUUAUUGAAAAUAAUGUGGUGAUAAUUGAUGGGGAUAGGGGAUUAACUAGUUAGGUGUGCAAUUUUAAUGCAUGCGUACAUGGUUUGUCUUGUCACGUGAUAUGUAUCACAACUUUUUCUUCUUUUUUUUUUAUCUUUUUGGGUGUGUUGGUACAAGUAAGCAUUAAAAUUCUUAAGAAUAACAUUUGGAGCCAAGAAGAAUCAUA